AUGUAUGCUGAAGAUGGUUGCGGUCCAAAUGAGUAUGCCAUGUUUUGUCUACAAUCUGGCUACGAUCUCACAGUUGCUCAACCGCUGAAUGAUUAUGUUUCCAACAUCAGAAUGAAGGAAAUGUAUGACUUUUUGACACGAUCAAAGUGUCACAAGCACAUUGAACCUUUCGUAUGUGUUGCCUUGUUUCCAAAAUGCAGCGAAAGUCCGUUUGAGCUCAUGUAUCCUUGUAAGGGCCUGUGCGAAGAUGUUCAAGAAAGAUGUAAUCCCGUUCUUCAACGAUACCAAAUUCCGUGGCCUCGGGAGUUAAAUUGUUCUCAGUUUCGUGACAGGGGUUGUCUCAACCCUGAAACAUCUGUGGAAAAACGUACAGAGAUAGUAGACGUUGACGCCCCGGAAGGAAGGCACAGCCACAGGCUGGAUCGACAACCUAAGAAGAAGCCCAGACGAGAAAACAAGAAGCAUAGCCAGCCGAAGCGGAAGUCACCAAACAGUCAUGUGGAGCGGGAAGAUAAAGUGAUCCAAAGUGAAGUCCAGGGGACGAAUUCGAAGACCAUGAAGAUGAAGACGUUCUUGAAGCUGUUCAAGAAGACGCUGGACAAAGUUUCUACCAGUCUAAAACGCUCUCUGAUGGGAUUUGAUGUGGGUGGACUCUCCCAAUGGCUUCUCAUAUGAUGUGAUCAUGCUUCGUAAGUGCAUUACACAUGCUGUAACUGUAGUAUGUUGUACAAAGAUGAGUAUAUCAAUGUAUGAAGUAGGGGAAAGUCUUAGCCUGUGUAUCACAAAUCUCAUGUAAUUAUUAAUCCUAUGAUUUUAGCAAUUUGUUCAACAAUUAUUUACCAGCAUAUGAACUAAUUAGAACAUCACUAAUGAGUCAUCAAAGGUGUAAGAGAAUGAACUCCCUGCUGAAAGUACUAUGUUGUCCCGUUAAGCAGGAUUGAAUCUAUGUCCCCUUCAUACUGACUUAUAAAGGAAGUACAGACACGCUCAAACAUAUUUUAUUGUUUCUGUAAAUAUUUAGGUCAUAAAGGUCUAAAUCAGACUUUUAUCUCGGUAUUGAGUCUAUCUGAUUCACAUGUAUUCAUUGUUUGUACGCUGACCACUUUGAACCACACGUUUGUCAAUACAAUCCACUUGACAUUCCUCGUCUCGUGUUCCUAACUUAAGCCAUUUCUGGUUGCCACCGAUCGGCGAGUUAACUGAAUAUAUAUUUGUACUUAAUAAAGUUACAGAACAU